CGCGGGGAACAAUAGGCUCGGCUCGCGCGCAGGGCUCGUCUGCAAAGUGCCGGCUCGGCGCACGCACACAAAGCCGGCCAGGGGCGGCGGGGAAACGGCCGCUACCGGCUGCCCGGGCCGGGCGGAGGCGGCGCCCGAGCCCGGCCCCCCGGCCCCACCAACUAACUUCGGCCAAGUCGGCGCUUCCGCGUUGCCGCGGUGGGCACGCCGGGCCGGCCGCUCGCGCGCUGCCAACAGCCGUUUGAGCCGGGCGGCACCGGCGCUCCCGACGGCCGCUCCUGACGGCCGCGAGCGAGCAGGAGGCCUUUAUCCUGCCGGCGUUCGCUCCCGCCCGAGGGCGGCCCGGGGAGGCCGGUGCCCGCCGCCCGGCCGCCUUAGCCCCGUGUCGGGAUGCCACUCCGGACCGCGUCGCUGGCCAGCCCAGGGUCACCGACGAGUCACGACCCGGAGGGUUUUCCCCCCUCAGGUGGUGUUUCCCAUGGGAACGUUUGUUUGGCUGUGGAGAAAUUAUGUAAUGAGGGGAGCGCGCUUCCGGUGCUCGCUCGAGGAAACGUUUCUUUCCCGAGCAAAGUUGGGCCCGCGCGGGGUCGGGCCGGGCCGCGGCGCGAGGCCGCCGCCGCCCGAGGGGCGGGGCCGGGCCGGCGGGAGCAGCGCCCUGCCCCCACUGCGCCCAGGGGUCGCGGCGCACUCGCGCAGGCCCCUUACGUAACCGCGCGCGCCGGGGAUUCCCUGGAGGGGGCCGUUCUCUUCAACCAUUACACGGGCCCGGCUCCUGCCGCGCCGCCGCCGCCGCUCACAAAAUGGCGGCGCCCAUGGCGGACGCCGCCGACGCCGCCUCGGCCCCAUUUUGUGGAGGCGAGCGGCCGGUGCGCGCCGACGGCCUGGGCCGAGGGCGCUGGCGAACCGGGCGCCGCGGGGACGCGCCGGCCGUGGGCCGCGCUCCGGUCCCUGCCGCGGCGCCGUGUGCGCCCGAGGACGCGCCGCGAGACGGCGCGCGGCGGGGGUCGCACGGGGAUCCCCGCGGCUCCCCUCAGGGGCCGCCGCUCGGGGCGCCCGCCGGCUCCCGACGCGGAUGGACGGUGACGUGCCGCGCUUCUCUGCUCGGGACGAUGCCCUCUCGGGCCACUGUCACCUGCGUGUGCGUGUGUAUGUGUGUGUGUCCGCGUGUGUUGUGCGCGUGUGCGCGCGCAUGCCUGUCCAGCAGCGUGCUCUCGCUUGCCUGUGCCGGGCCCCAUGGGCGCGUGUGGGACAGGCUCCAGACGGCCCGGGAAGCCGGGCCCUGGCCCGCAGGAGGCUCGGGCGGGAGGCGGCCGGCGUCCCAGAGCGGAGCGCUGACGUAGCGGGAGGAGUGUCUGCCCAGUACAGCCGGUGUGCUGUGGGGCUGAGAACUUGCGGCUGGUCGCCCACUGCGGAGCCCGGCUUCCCCACGGCCGCCGAGCCGAAGGAAAAAGUAAGCGGACGGGAGGUCGCUGGAGCGUGAGGAAGCGGGUUCCGCUGAGGAGACGCGGGGCCGCGGUGCAGAAAUGACUUGAUUCACGUGUUUCUCUAGUUGUAGCAGUCGCGUGUGUGCGUGAAGCUCAUUUUUGUGUGUUUUGGAUUCAUGUUGAUUUUGACCCGCAUGUAUACACUCCGGUGCCGAACUGCAUCUCCGAACUGCAUCUCCGCGCGGCUUGCGGUUCAGUCCCCGAGUUUGUGCCCCAUCUCCAGCUGCACCUGGUUGCUCUUUAGCAUGUGGGUCACCGAGAUAGUUGACAGUUGUGCCUGCGCCUCGGCACAAGUUUCCUUAGUGAAUUUGGUCACCCUUAUCAGUUUGUGCACGUGUGAGAAAGCCCUAUCCGAGUGCCCAGAGAAGACUUGCUGUGGCACUGUGCUGGUGGUGACCGAGUGCGUAGUAUUUCUCUGUGCCUCACCGCGCCUGCCUACAGCGGGCAGCAAGGAGCAGGUGGCCCCGGAAAGGAAAGGCUGGGGAUGUGCAGCGCCUUGACAACAGAUACUCUCGGAUGGAAGUGUGAAUCGCCAUUUUCAAGCAUGAAUAGAAGAUAUUCAUAAAUUACCAAUAAGGAUCACAAAGUUUAGUGUUCUAAUGAGAAAUAGUGACAAGACCAUUUUUGUAUUGAGCAGUAACUGCAGACCCUCAACAUCAUGUUUCAGUGAACUGGUCUUUAACCAUUUUAAUAUUAACUAAUCAGGAAGUCAUGUUUAUAGAUACAAGGUAAGGAAAAAGUCCCAAGUAAACGAGCACAUCAGCAACAAUAAACUGUCCUGUUCAUAGGAUUUGUGCAGCCAUUAAUGCUCUUGCCUUGCCUGCAGCCCAGUAACUUGAGGAAAUGAGCCCGGCAAGCUACAGAGAAUAUCUCACCCACACAGCAAAGCCUGGAAAGCUCCCCGUGGCAUAUUCGGUAUGCCAAAAACAACAACAACAAAUCUCAGUGGAGACAUUACUGGUGCCCGCUUGAACAAAUGGAUGAACAACAGGAGGACAGUACUACAGUUGUUUUUGGUGACCACAUUUGUCUGUACUCAGGGCUUGCUCCUUGAUCUGAGCUCAAAAAUCACUUGUGGCAGGGUGGCACCAAGGUCAGCUGUGUGCAAAGCCAGAACCUUGCCUUACCAACUAUAUUAACUCUACAGCCCCCAGAUUUUAUAGCUAAACUUUUUAUAUGAGGAAAUAGUUUAUGCUCCUGUAGCAUAGAAUAAUUGUGCUGUAGAUUCUCUGACUAUACAGUUGGUAAGAUUUGUGAAGGAUUUGUCCCUGAAAGGGUCUAUAGAUUUAGAGGUUACUUUUUGUACAUAAAUCUAAAUUAAUGUACUUAAAAUGUAAGUGAUACUUUUCAAUUUCAAAAGACUUUAGUAAUAUUUGUUAAAAAAUUAAAAUUUAAACAACCAUUACACUCUAUGGGAAGCAUUUCCAGAUGUGCAAAUAAUUGUGUCAGGAAGACAGGGAGUAGUUAUUUAAGUCAGGGAUCUGAUCUUGAAUUUUAAUUUGUCGCAGAUUUAAGGGGCUACAUUUUUGCAUUUUUAUUUAUUUCAUUUACUUUGAUCACUGAAAAAUUGGCCCUAAAUGAGUUGUGCUAAUUAUAGUGUUAACUGCAAUGUAAAGUCAUUUGGUAUUUUGUUUAUAGUACCAUAAAUGCUAAACCAAAUAAAUUUUUAUUAAAGCAGAAUAUAUUUUAAGCAGUUAUUGAGUGCCCACCUUGGGCACAAAGUGGGUGAAGAGAAGUUGACUUGAAUCUAAAGGAAAUUAUACCCCAAUUACCUGAUUUUUGUUAACUACUAGCUUUAAAAGAUUGUACUAAAAUAUUCAGACCACAGUGUUCUUAAUAUUUAAAAUUUAAGCAGGAUCUUUAGCAUGAAGUCAGAUUCAAAAUUCUUUUCAAAAUUCAGAUUAUUAAAUAUAGUUUUGCAUAGAAAGCUUUAUAUUAGUAUUUAGAUCAAUACUAGCUUCAUUGUCAUUAAAAGUGCUUUAAAGAUAUUAAUAACAGCAUUUAAAUCAUAUUUGAAAACAAAAUAUAUGUUUUUAGUAAUUAACUUUUUAAUUAUGAGGCAAGGUAACAAAAUUGUCUUAAUGAAUUUUUAUUUUGUUUCAAUGUUUUGGUACGUUGACUAUUCUAAUAUUUUACUUUGCUGUUAAGUUUUUAAAAAUUAAACCCUAAAGACAAAUGAAUUCUGUAUGUAAUGCACUUUUAAUUCUUGACUAGUUAUAAAGCUUAAGUCAAUCUUGUUGACAAAACAAUAAAAUAGGAAUUAAUCUGAGAUUUGUUUGUUUCAUGAAAAGUUUGUUUCAUGAAAAGUAUGUACCAUUUUUUCUUGCUAAACUACAUGAGUUAAUGAAAUUGGCUUUGUAACUUAUGUAGUUGUUGUUUUUCUGUGAAAGCAUUACUUUUAGGUUUGGCUUGGUUUGCUUUUGCAGUGCUUCUUCAAGGGCCUCUCACUCAUAAGGCAAAUGCACAACUGCUGAGGCAUGUUCCUAGUCCCUGUUUUUAAAUACUAGAAACCGGAAAGGCAACCAGGUCCCUUGUUAAUUGUUGGUUUAUUCAAUACCUUAGAGAACUUGUAAUCAACCUUCAGUGGCAACAUGUUUUUUUAACAUAACACAUUUAUAUUAACAUGUUUUUUUAAACAUAUAUAGGUAAAAUUCAAAAGUCUUCUAAAAUUAUCUUAGUAUUGUAUUGUGUAUGAGAAAUGUUUAUAUUCAUUUCUUCAGUAGUUCAAAAUAACUGACCUAAUGGUUUGCAAUAUACUACAGUGCUUUCUUUUAAACAUGAUAAUUUUUGUGUUACAUGUUACGCUUAAUCAAAUUAAACUUCCCUCCUAUUAAUAAUAAUUUAAUAACAGCCAUCAGUGAUUGAAAGUGCAAAUAUGCAUUAUCAAAUAUUAAUUUAACUAUUUAGACAGAUUUUCUCAGGGCUAAUCAGGUAAACCUGUGAUCCCGCCCACUGGGAAAGAUGUAGCUUCUCUUUGGUAUAUGCAGGAAUUUGCUUUCUUCCCACUGAAGAAAACCCAUUCUUUACGGUGCCUUUUGGCACUGUAAAGUAAUUUUUGUUACAAUUGUUUUGUUUUUCUACUCCAUUAAAAAUGGUGAAACUAUGACUGUCCCAUCUUGAGUGGUUUAUAUAUUCACUUCAGAUACUUAGUCCUAUAUCAUCCUUGUUCUUUAUUUUUCCCCAGAGCUGUUCGUGAUGAUUUGUAAUAUUCCAACACCAGUCCCCCACCGUCACCUUCCCUCCACCACUGUCUCCACCAUCUUUGUUCUUAUAUCAGUUUCUAAAGACACUUUGGGAAUAGUAGUAUUAGUAUAAUGCUCUUUUUGUUGUUGGUAAACAUCUUAGCAGUGUUUAGUUGCUGUGCACAGCUUAUUGCUGGGGGCAUGGGUGUGGGAGUGUCCCUAGCAGUGGUAAGAGGACAGUGUGCUUCUGGGGAUAAAAUCCUGACCCCCUCAACUGCAAGGCAAGGUUUACACUGUUUUGAGCUAUCUCCCCAGCUCUUUUUACCACCUUAACAUAAAUUUGCAAAGAAGUUUCCAGAAUCAGAAUUACACGUGAAACGGGGAGCCAGAGUAAUAGCACAGCUGGAAAGAUGCUUGCGGUGCGAGUGGCAGACUUAGGUUUGAUUCCUGACGUCCCACUUGGCACCCCCCAAGCAUCGUCGAGUGAUUCCUGAGUAACCUGAGUAGCGCCAGUUAUGCCCCUGUUAAUAAGAUCACAAACUGUUGUCAGAUAACUAAUCAGAAAUGCAGUCUAUAA